AAUUCGAACAAUAAAAGAGACGUGGUUAAAGUGCGUAUCCGAAGAAAGAGGAAGUUCUACGCAAAGGUCAGCCCAGGACCAGGACCAGUCUCCCAUUCGCAAGAUGUUUUCUUUACUGGCGGUGACGUUCGCUGUCGUCGUCGCUCUCGUCGCAGGUGACGUAACGAAAUGCGACAAAAAUAUUGUAUGGACCGGUGGCUCCUUCGAGUGGCCUUGCUCGGCUACGAAGAGCAUGUUCAAGAGCAAUGGCCGUUACAUUUCGAAGAAUGUCCUCGCUACCAGAACUGCGAUUUACAAGGACGAUGCUAUCCUUACUUUACCUAGGUUUAAAGCUGGUGUGCCAGUGACCCUAGCCAGAGUAUCUUUGAAAGAUAAAAAUUGCCAGGCCAGUCUCUUUGCUUAUCCAUGUUGGUCUCUUCAAGAAGAAGGAACAUGCUCCGCGCUGCAAAACGCUGUGGACCUUUAUUUGGAUCCCCAGGACAUUCUAUGGGUGUUGGACACGGGUAUUGUAAAUUCUCUCGAAGAGCCCCUACGCAAAUGUCCGCCAAAGGUUGUCGCUUUGGACAUGAAAACCGGCAAGGUGGUGAAACGCAUCGAUCUGUCUGGUCUGACAAGCGCCUCGUCCCGACUUCAGUACGUUGUCGCCGAUUAUAAUGAAGACGGUCGUGUCUUCAUCUACGUAUCCGACGCAGCCACAAGAGCGAUCCUGGUGUACGACGUGACCUCCAGCCGAGGAUAUCGCGUGAUCCUCCCGGAAGCCGUGACCAUGAACUGCUCUCGUAGAGAUGUGCUCUACCUCGCUCUAAUGUACCGCCAAGACGGUAGCACUUGCCUGAUCUUCACGUAUUUAGGCAGCAGCCGGCUGUUCUCCAUCCGAACUGACCACCUGAGGAGUGGAUCCGCUCAUGGCAAGAUACAUGAUCUCGGGCCCAAACCCAGGCGAAUGAUCAUCCUGGGCACGGACAAUGGCAGUGCGCUCUUCUUCCGAUACGAAGGCGAGUCCGACGUCUACAGAUGGGACAGCACCACUCCGUUUAUAUCUGCCAGUUUCCAGGUUGUCUACAAGAGCGACGAUUGCAAUCUGGUUACACACGUAGUGGCCGAUUACAAAAGAGGUCGAAUGCGCGUGCUGGAGAGCAAUUUCGCGGAUUACAUGCAGGGCACCGUCGGUUGCGGUGCCAAUCAUGCGUUAAAUCUCAUAUAGAGCGAGGUGUUCCCGCUUCGCGUGAGUGUAAUCAGUUAAGCAGAAUGGUCGUGUUUAAUUGUUAUUGUUAAUACACACGCGCGCGCGCGCGCGCUUGUAAGU